AUGGUGCAUAUCAACCGUGUAGCAACUCACAAGGAAGUCUCCGAGGAGCAGAGCCAGUUCGAGGCCAUUGAUGCCACCACUACCAUCAAUCUGACACCAGACGAUGAAGCCGACGACUACACUGCUACCGUCUACGGUUCCAAAUAUGCUGCUGAAGAUCUGCCGAGACACGAGAUGCCGGACCGAGAAAUGCCUCCCCAUGUUGCAUACCGCAUGAUCAAGGACGAUCUCACGCUCGAUGGCACCCCAACACUGAACUUGGCUUCAUUCGUUACAACUUACAUGGAAGAAGAGGCCGAGAAGCUUAUGGUCGACGCGUUCUCGAAGAACUUCAUCGAUUACGAAGAGUACCCCGUCAGCGCCGAUAUCCAAAACCGAUGUGUGUCGAUGAUCGCCAGGCUGUUCAAUGCGCCGGCAGAUCCAGAGGCGAACACAAUCGGCACCUCUACCAUUGGGUCUUCUGAAGCCAUCAUGUUGGGUGUACUGGCCCAGAAAAAGCUUUGGCAAAACAAGCGCAAGGCUGAGGGCAAGCCCUACGACAAGCCAAACAUGAUCAUGAACUCGGCUGUACAGGUCUGCUGGGAGAAAGCAUGCCGAUACUUUGAUAUCGAAGAGCGAUAUGUAUACUGUACUACUGAGCGCUAUGUGAUGGACCCCAAGGAAUGCAUUGAUCUCAUCGAUGAGAACACCAUUGGAAUUUGCGCAAUCCUGGGAACGACCUACACUGGCGAAUACGAAGAUAUCAAAGCCAUCAACGACCUUCUCGUCGAGAAGGAUAUCGAUGUUGAUAUUCACGUCGACGCCGCGUCCGGUGGGUUCGUCGCUCCGUUCGUCAACCCAGGUUUAUUAUGGGAUUUCCGCCUACCAAAGGUCACCACCAUCAACGUCUCUGGCCACAAGUACGGACUUGUCUACCCCGGUGUCGGCUGGGUUGUGUGGCGCGACCCCAAGUACCUUCCCCAGGAGCUCGUCUUUAACAUCAACUACCUCGGUGCUGACCAGGCGUCUUUCACGCUGAACUUCUCGCGCGGAGCUUCGCAGAUCAUCGGACAGUACUACCAGCUCAUUCGUCUUGGCAAGCGAGGAUACAGGAAGAUCAUGCUGAACCUGACGCGUACGGCCGAUUAUCUCGCCGCGAACCUUGAGGCAUUGGGCUUUAUCAUCAUGAGUCAAAGGGGAGGCGCUGGACUUCCUCUCGUUGCUUGCCGCAUUGAUGAAGAUCUUGGCAAGCAGUACGAUGAGUUCGCCAUUGCUCAUCAACUACGCGAGCGCGGAUGGGUCGUUCCCGCAUACACAAUGGCCCCUCACUCCGAGAAGAUGAAGAUGCUGCGUGUGGUUGUGCGCGAGGACUUCACCAAGUCUCGUUGUGACGCACUGCUUGCCGACUUCAAGCUUGCGCUGUCGACGCUGGACAAGCUCGACGCGAAGAAGAUCGAGGAGCACAGGCAGCAUGCAUUCGAAAUGCGUCGUCGUUCGACCAUUAUCAGCCCCAUCUUUAAGAAGAAGGCGACAGAUCACUUCGACGAGGACCACAGUCUACAGGCAAAGACUGGAAAGACACAUGCAGUCUGCUAA